UGCUCUCCCUCCCCCCUCACUGACUCCCUCUCAACGGACCGGACUACUUCUUCACUUCUCUCCCCUUCCCUACAAACACCUCUUUCCGCUCUGGGAGAGCAGUUUCUCCUGACCGCCAAAGAACGACCUUCAAGGGACGGAACUCUCCGAGGCUCUCCGGGCCCUGAAACCCUUUCUGUGCCGGCUCAGCUCCUUAGAGGCCAGGCUCUGUAUUCUUUCUCUCCCCCCCAGCCUUCCUGCACUGAGGGACCAGACCCCAGCCCCUUCACUCAGCGAGGACAUUUGAGCGAACCAUGCCCUCCGACUUUCUAACGCCUUUCCUGGAACAGGAUGAGGAGUUCUUCAAGAACUUCCGCUGCAUGGAGGAGACAGAUGGCCCUCUACCCGGCUCCCUGCCACCACAGAACCAGAACCAGAAGGUCCUGGGCUUCCAGCGCCGCCACUCCCUGUGCCCGGUGACCCUCCCCAACUCCAAGUUCAACAGCAGCAGCAGCAGCAGCAGCUCUGAGGUGGCUGACUCAGCCGGGUGGGGGUUCAACAUGGCCCCCCCCAAGCAGUGGAGCCAGGACGGUCAGCUCCCCCGCUCAUCACUCAGUCACAUCCCCUUCAUAGUGGACCGCUCGGUCAGCAUGAUCGAGGGCCACAGCCUGGCAGCCAGAGAGGACAAACUGGCUAACUUGACCCCCAAGGUGCUGCUCCCCCCACCAGGCUUCUGCCUCAGCAACACCUCUCUCUCUUCCAUUGCCUCCCCCUCUGACACCAUAUCCCCAGUAUCCCCCCCUCACAUCUCCACCCGCUACAAGACCGAACUCUGCCGCACCUACGAAGAAAACGGGACCUGCAAGUACGGGGCCAAGUGUCAGUUUGCCCACGGCAUGGACGAGAUGAGGGGCCUGAGCCGGCACCCCAAGUACAAGACGGAGCCAUGCCGCACCUUCCACACCAUCGGCUUCUGCCCGUACGGCGCCCGCUGCCACUUCAUCCACAACGCAGACGAGAUGCUGGACGGCGGGGGCCCUUCACAGAAACCCAGGAUGAGGCCCCCUCUGCUGCGUCACAGCGUCAGCUUUGCAGGCUUCUCCUCCUCUCCACAGACUUUCCAACCGGUGGAGGAGUCGCAGCCUUCCUCCUUCCUCUUCACCCGGGCCUCCUCAGUCUCCCCCCCUCCCUCCUCCACAGGGAGCCCAGAGCUCCUCUCCCCCCUCUUCCCUGAGCCGGGGUCCCUGAAGCAGUGUCCCUACCCCAGCUCUGGGGUCCCAGAGCUGGGUGGGGACAGCGGGGACUCGUCUCUGCGGUUCUACGCGGUGACCGACUCUAUCAGCUCCAACUUUGCCGCCUCCACUUUCACCUCCAAGAACCCAAACCUCCCCUACCUCCUCCCCCAGCAGCUGCCCGUCUCCCUGCACAGUCUGCAGCGCUGCUCCUCGGCGGAGUCCCUCUCCGAGGAGGGCUACACCUCCUCCUGCUCCCUCAGCUCGGCCUCCAGCGGCACCGAGUCUCCGAGCUUCGAGGGCCGGCGCCUUCCCAUCUUCAGCCGGCUGUCCGUCACAGACGAGUAGGGAUGGUUUACUGCAGGGCUGAGUUUAAUGGGGGACGGAUGGUCUUAUUGUUUGUUUGUAGCCUUUAUUUAACCAGGUGAAAAUCCCAUUUAGAUCAACGAUCUCUUUUUCAAGGGAGACCCGGAAAAAUCUAUGUGACGAGGAUCAGAUUUUUUCUCUCCAGUCCAAAAACAACAAACUAGCACAAUAUUUGUUGUAAAUAAAGCAGAAACUCCAUUA